CGUAAUGACCGGAUUCAGCCAGAAGUAGCUGUUCACAGAUCGUGGCUUUGUUUCUCCUCAGACGAAGCUAGUGGAUAGAGAGAAAAAUGGAACGCUCUUGGCUAUGGAGGGUUUUAAUACUACUGCAAGUUUGUGAUUUAUUUUUGAUUGGUGCAGCAGGCAAAGAGUGGAAGAAAAUUAGAGAAAACAUAUCUGACGCUGUUCAAGGGUACUCUCCCUGCAACCCUGUCAACUGUAGCUGCCAUCUAAGUGUUCUCCAACAUGACUUGCAGCCCUUUAAUGGGGGAAUCUCUGAGGAUGUCAUGGCUGCAACUGUUCAAAGAGGGGUGGGAACCCACUACCAAAUCAUUGGUCACAAGUUGUAUAGAGAGCACAACUGUAUGUUCCCUGCCAGGUGCAGUGGGGUGGAGCAUUUCAUCCUGGAGGUAAUUGAUAGGUUACCUGACUUGGAGAUGGUGGUUAAUGUCAGGGAUUACCCUCAGGUCCCAAGCUGGGUGCAGCCGACCCUGCCUGUCUUCUCUUUCAGUAAGACCUCAGACUACCAGGACAUCAUGUACCCUGCAUGGACAUUUUGGGAGGGCGGGCCUGCUGUGUGGCCAAUAUACCCCACUGGACUGGGGAGAUGGGAUCUGAUGAGGGCUGACCUGAAAAAGUCUGCAGCACAGUGGCCAUGGAAGAGGAAAGAGUCCAAAGGAUUCUUCAGAGGCUCACGGACCAGUCCAGAGCGAGACCCUCUGAUCCUUCUGUCCAGAGAAGCUCCAGAGCUGGUGGAUGCAGAGUACACAAAGAACCAGGCCUGGAAGUCUGAGAAGGACACACUGGGGAGACCCCCAGCAAAAGAAAUCCCACUGGUUGACCACUGUAAAUACAAGUAUUUGUUCAACUUCCGGGGUGUGGCAGCCAGCUUCCGCUUCAAACAUCUCUUCCUCUGUGGUUCUCUGGUGUUUCACGUGGGGGAUGAAUGGCAGGAGUUCUUUUACCCACAGCUCAAGCCCUGGGUCCACUACAUCCCAGUCAAGCAGGAUCUCUCUGAUCUCAGGGAACUCCUACAGUUUGUUAAAGAGAACGAUGACAUAGCACAGGAAAUUGCUACAAGAGGGAAGGAAUUCAUUCUCAACUACCUGCAGAUGCAAGAUGUUUCCUGCUACUGGGAGAGACUCCUCACUGAGUUUAGCCAGCUUCUCACCUACAAACCCAAAAGAAAGAAUGGCUACAACCAGAUCGCCCACAAACCCAUCAAGACGGAGCUAUAAGACCGAGACUCUGCAGGACCAGGGCAGUCAUAGUUAAGGGAAACUCUAGAUAAUGAAUGUAAUCUCCACCACAACAUAUGAUUGUUUGUGUUCCAUAUUUGUCUGAAUCACAACAGUUUUUUUAGCUAAUGUAAAGUCUAAGGCUUUGACCAGGUACUUCACAUUUAUUUUAGUCUAAUGUAGAGCACAUUGGUUUAUUCCUACAAGCAGUGUGGCUUUACAAGAGUAACAGUUACAAGAGACAUAGCCUAGUAUUACACAGUUAUAGGUGCAGGUUAGUGAGUUCUUCAGGUGCCAUUUACAGUAUACACCAAGUCUUCAUAGAUCAUUUUCUGGUUCAGUGUUCCUGUCCUGUUUUAUGCCGACUGUCUAAACUCACCAGCAAGGAAACAUCUAUUAUAAGUGUGUUAUUAAACUUUUUACUCGUUAAAGGGGCAUUCCACAGAUUUUACACGUUAAGGUCAGUGUACUCAUCAUAAGGAAUAUUACUGAGCCUGUAAAAACAGUUGUAUGUUUUCUGUGGCUCAGGAGGGGGGAGACACCUGUGUAUAGACUUGAACAGGGGGAGCAGUGUUUAAAUUAUGUGGCAGGGAGUAUCUAAUGAAAAAUUGAUUUAUGGGAAUUGUAGGAUUCUGUGUUUUUUGAGUUUGACCUAUAGUAGGGACUAAAAGUCAUGAUAUUUUGACUUCUGCUGCUCAAUUUUGACCACCAUUUUUAUUAUUUUUUAAAAUCUUGUGAGUCACCCAUUUUCAUGAAAGUACCCCUUUAACAUGCAGCAUAAAGCCUUGCAUCUUUAAUAUUAUCUUGGCUGGGCUUCAGACAGUUUUUCAGGAAAAUCUGACCUGUGGAUUUUCAAUUUUUUGUUUUGAAUUAGCAUUUGAAUUUCAACAUGGUCAUCCAUAAUGACAUACAAAGAUGGAGUAACAGAAGUUCAGUGCCUUGCUAAAGAAAAAUGACAAGUUGUGGAGUGAUAUUGUUUAGGCUGUUGCUUAAAUUGAGCCCCUGACCUUUUGAAAAAUUUCCACAGACCAUCAAAACUAAUGAAAACAUUGCACUCUCAGCUGUGGAGCACCUACAACUCUAAAUACUAGAAUUAGAGUUAAGUGUGAGGUUGACUGUUGAGGCUGAUGUAUCAAUAAUAAUAUUGGCUAUGGAUGUCACGCUGCUACAUAUUUAAUGUAGUCUAUUUAAUUAGGAAAGUUCCUUGAAAACUGAAGUGACUUUGCAAUUUCAUUAUCUGACUUUUUUUUGUAUGCCUCCUCUGAAACUCUGAUCUAACAGUUUAAGUCUGUAUCUCAUGUUCACAUAGACCUGAGGAAUGACCAAAAGUGAUACUUACUCACCUGAUAGUUAAUUUUAAAUAGACUGAAUAGACAGAGAUUUUGAACAUGUAGUUUACAGUCAGCAUCAGUUUUGCUACAUCACCCUCUACUGGACAACUGGAGAAACUCCAGCAGACUGUUACAACUAAGCCAUACACUGUGGUAUGCAGUGUCAGUGUCUGUAUUUUGAUGGGCUCUGAUAUAGUUUUCAUAACUUCAGAAUACUAAAGAAUAACUAACAACCUUUCAUUCCACACAAAGUGCCAACAGAGAGCAAUAAUGACUUUAGAUUCUUUUGUUUUAUUUUGAUGUGCGGAUGUGAAAAGAAACACUUGUUAACGUUAACUGUUUUUACUUUUUGAAGAGAAUUUGUCUUUGUGUUGAAGACAGAUGAUGUAUAAUUGAUGCAGGAUGAUGCUGAAUAUGUUGUAGUAUUCGCAUUGUACUGCGAACAAGCAGAUUCUCACUAAUGUUAGGUCAUGUCAUUUUUUACAGUCUGUUUUACUCUGUGCUGAAGAUUGUCCUAUUAGAUUGUUGAUCUGACCAAAAAGCUGUGAUUAUGUGCCUGAUCGUGUGACAUUCAGGUUGUUGUCAUGGCUCGUGCAGCAAUUUUAUUUUUAUGCCAAUAAACAGUUUGGUUCUUAAAACAUG